AUGGCCCUUAGGAACAUCGAAAACGCUCUUCCAAUCUCGCAAGAACGACCUAAGAAGCUUCCAAAACUCUCAAAGAACCCAGAGAUAUGUCUGAACGACGAAAACAACCUCCUCGUACCUCCGCCUGAAUCAACCAUCGACUACAUCUCUUCCGAAAAUCUCAAACCGUUUCCAGAUCCAGAAUCCUCUGUUCAGAGAUUACUGGAGGAAUUAGCAUCAAAGGAUUGGGUCAAAGUAUGUGAAUCACUCAACAACACAAGAAGAUUUGCUGUUUAUCACUCUUCUCUGUUCCUACCCAUUAUAGAAAAGCUUAUGGUUGUGCUGGUGAAAGCGAUGAAGAACCCUAGAAGCGCUUUGUGCAAGACUUCGAUUAUGGCUUGUUCAGAUAUCUUCAAAGCCUUUGGAGAAAAGUUAACUCAUUUGAAAACUAUGGACGAUCUGUUAUUACAGCUGCUAAUGAAAGCUUCACAAGACAAGAAGUUUGUUUGUGAAGAAGCUGACAAAACGCUAAACACGAUGGUUAACUCAGUGGCUUCUUUGCCGCUUCUGCGUAAGCUCAAGACCUACGUCCGACACAGUAACCCUCGGGUUAGGGCCAAAGCUGCCGUGUCUACUUCCAACUGUGUUUCUAAAAUGGAGAUAAAUGAAAUGGAAGAGUUCGGGAUGGUUAUGAUUGCGCAAAUAGCUGCGGAUUUGUUGAGUGAUAAGUUACCAGAGGCAAGGGAAGCUGCAAGGAGUAUGGUGAACUCUAUUUACGAGAAAUUCACAUGGGAAGAAGAAGAAGGUGAAGAAGGAAACAACAAACAAGGAGCUUGGCAGAGGUUUUGUGAGAAGAACCUAACAGGGCUUAAUGCACAAGCCAUGAUCAAGAGCGUCUCAUCUCAAUAA